CCGGGUGAUGCAGAUGUCGGUUCCUCCCCAUCUGUCCACACGGAGUCCGCCCUCCUGUCCUCACCGCCUGUCCUGUCCGGAGACUCCAGCGCAUCCAGCAGCAGGAGCAGCAGCAGGAGACCUGUGGAGGAGUGACAGAUCCAGCUGGUUGUCGUUUCCUGCUGCCGAGUGUUUCCACAUCUGCGCGCUGAGAGAAGCAGGAGAAGGAACCAUGAUCGACCUGAGCUACCUGACGGAGGAGGAGCAGGGGAUGAUAAUGACAGUGCUGAAGAGGGAUGCUGAACUGAAGAAGGCCGAGGAGGAACGAAUCAGGAAACUGGAGCAAAUACUGAACAGCAGCUCACAGUCAGACAGCAAUCUGAAGUACCUGACCGGAGAGUGGUUUUACGAGGCCAAGUCUCGCAGACACAUGGACAAGAUACAUGGCUCGGAAAUCAUCCUGGCCUCCAUGAAACAGAAGAAAACUCCUGGUCUGGAUCGGUCUCUCAGAACCGAAAGAUCCAGAACAACAAACAGUCGAGGCUCAGACAUUGCUGCUCCGCCAAAACCUGCCAGAUGUUUGGAGGCACUACAGCCACGGGAGAUAAAUGAUGCUGAAAAAGAGAAUCUAAGUUCAGCAGUCCGCUCUCCAAGAACACCAAGACACAACCCUUUCAACCAUGCAUCUCUCAUUAUUGUUGAGCCACCCGAAAAUAAUAAUGGCAUGUCGGCCAGCCGGGCUCAGGAGUCAUCUGAGACAGAGCCCAUAUCUCCACUGAAGAGUCACCCAGCAGGAGAGGCCAGUCAGACUUCAGGGGGCUCCCUCACAUCAGAGGGCUCUUCUGUAGGUUUCAGACCAGUGCCAAAGAAAAGGACGUUUCUCUCAAGACGUACCUGCAGCCAGUCAGAAAGCAAUGGCCUGGGUUUAGAUGCUCAGGUAGGGUCUUCUGGGAUCGUUCCUGCCCCAAGACGAAGCCUCCCGCGUGGGUCCAGUGGGAGCUCUAACCAGUCGUGCCUGAAAGGCCAAGACGAAAUGUCUCAGAAAAGUUCAGCUGCAGUGUCUAAUGAGGUGUCUCUGCCUGCUCGGCCUUCCGGCUCUGCAGAUGAAACCUCCCAGCAGCUACUGUGUGAUGUAUCUCAGGUUUCCUCUAAUUCCAGUCAGGAGAGAGAGAGAAACCCACCUUCCGUACCACAAGACAGACCGGCUACAUACGUCAGACGUGAUGUCCCAACCGAGAGAGAAACCCCACAGAAGAGCAACGAAAGAGAUGAUCAGACCCGAAGAGAACACGCAGGGGUGAAUGCUGCCUUCCUGCACAGCAGCAGCGUUCAGGACUCAGACAGAGAAAACAGCAGCAGUGUGGGAACAGCAACAAGGAAGGAGGAGCUGAGUUUGACCCAAAGCACUGUGGGUCCAGAACCUCCUGUAUCUUAUGAUCUCAACUUCAUAGAUAAGUCUGAUCAGCAGUCACAGAAGAAAUCAAAUCAGAAACACGUGUUCAAGUUAUCCACUCAGGCGACCAGUCCCACCGGAGAGGAGGAGGACUCCAUUGCGAAGGUGCUGGACUGGUUCAGCCGCAGCACAGACAGCAGCGAUUGGCUAAAUACGGAUGACGGUCCAGAGGACAAACAUGUAGACACCAGCAAAUUAAGAAGCAAAGAUUCAGUGAGAAAGGAUGCUGGGAAUUUUACAAGUGAUAGAAAGAAGGAGACUGCUGAAAUGAAGAGAAGUCAUUUACAAAGACAGACGAAUGAAGCUGAAGAGCUGAGAGCAACAGACAGGACAGACAAUGAGGAAGUGACUGAAACACAAGAAGAGGUGCAGAAGGAUGCCAGAGAAAGAAUCCGGUCCCAGGAAGUCAAAGAUAGUGACAAUGAAAGCCAGCCACCCAAGAUCUCUCAUCUGAAGUCAUUCUGGGAGAAAAACAACAUGGGCCCUAAAAUACUUAUCAACAAAGGACAAAAACAUGUUAACCUCUCAGCAGAGAAAGACGAGGGGACCGUGAGCAAACCCCUCACAGUGUCUGAUAUGUCCUCUGCUCCUGGAAUAUACAGUGGGAAGGGGACUUAUGAUGAGUACGCCACAAAUCAUGAGGAUGAAAGAGAAAAACAGCUGGUAAUCAGUCCACAGAAAGAUGUCAGAGACAAUGAAAACUUAAAUGACAACCAGAAGGUAGAUCGUCUGGUUAUAAAUAACGACCCAACAUACACCUCAGACUAUUUAAAGUUGCCAUCCAGCCCCCAAGUGGCGGACAGAAGAGGCUCAGACACUGAGGUUUUAUGUGUAACCGCGCUCAGUUCGCAGCCGAGGACAGCCAUCCAGUCUACACUCAGUCCAGAGUCUGAGAGUGUCUCUUCAGUCAAACCAAAUCCACAACUUGACAGUAUUUCCCAAUCAAGAGAAACUCCAAUGCAGGAAGAGCUGUCAAAAACUGUGCCUGUUUCUCAGGUGGAUACUGAUGUCCAAACAAGGGACACUCCGGACUCUGAGAAGCUCUCUUUAUCCAGAGACAUGGACUUCAGGCAAGGUGGGAAUGAUGUGCAAAUCACCUCUAAAGCACAACUUCGCAGAGGUUCAUGUGAAGACGUGAGGAGGAGGGACAGUGACGAUAAAAGCAUGCAAUCAAGCAUGUCUCCUAAAAGAAAAGAGGAUGUGUCUAAUAAAGACAGAACUAAUAGCCCUCGUUUGACACAUCAAGAAAGUACAACAGAGAGGAUCAAGCAGCUUAAAUCUUUCUGGGAGCAGGAGAGGAACAAGCCCAUGUUUUACACCGGCAAAGCUAAAACUCUUGGGGAAGGUAGAGUCGCCCGUGGUGCAAAUCAGGCAAAGCUGAAUAAAAGAUUUACAAAGUCAGAGUACGAUCUGAGGUCAAUUGGAAACAAUUCAGGCAGCGAUGAGGAAGACUCCAAUAGAAAUCAUCAUAAUUUUACUGUUCUUCCUUUGAAUCAGAGAAUAGAAAAGUCGUCCCCGAGCCUCAGCACGAGCCGAACACAGUUCAACACCCUGCGCGAGUUCUGGGACGAGGCCACGUCCGAUACCAAGGGAUCAUUUUCCUCUGACAAACCCAAAUGCCCUAAAAGGAAAGAGGCAAUGAGUGGCCAGCUUCCAUCUCAGGAGUUAAAGAGCGCUGACCCAGAGAUUUACCGUUUGUCCUCCACUGUCGAAAAAACAAGACCAGCUGUCCUGAAAUCAUCUUCAUCUCCGCAGAGCAGAUCAAAGUCGCCACAUGAUAGACAGAUGGGGUCUGGGCCAAGAGCAGUGAACGACAGCAAAAACAGCCUGUCUAAUUAUACGACAGCUGAGUCCAGAAGGAGCUCAAAAGACUCCGGUAGAGAGGAGAAAUCCACAAAACCACAGAGCAGCUCAGGAAAAGAGACUCGCUCUCCAAAAAGCAGAAAAGACAGCUUUAGCAAUUCAAGCAGUCGUGGAAAUUCUUUGCGUCGCGCCACUAGCAUGUUCGCUCUGAGUUUUCCUGAUGAAAACGAUCAAGGCCAGCUUAAAAUAGAUAUCAGCCCUGUCCACUCCCAGAGCAGGAAGCAGAGGCAGGCCACUGAAAAAGGCCCCACGCUGAGAAGAUCAUCAGAAGAAACUGAGACUCUGACUCCCCGAGCACGAGCAUUUGUUCCCAGAGACUACCGUCAUUACCUGGGCAUGACCGAUAAGACCAGCGUCCACACCUCACUCGCCCCAGCUGUAAACGACGAGGGGUCAGAGGGCAAGACCGGGUAUGAAUUUGACCUGAACGGGCCAGUGAGAACCAGCACCCCAGUGGGCUCAGAGGAGCGUUACAGCAGGAAGGGUAACAAAACUAAUCAGCGCCCCCAGUGGGCAACCUACAGCAGUUCAGACACGGGCCAGGAGUCGUCUGUGAGCAGUACAUCAGAAACCUGGUCCAACUCGAGGAUCAGUUCAAACCGUGAAAAUGAUGAUGAGGCCCAAAACCCUGUGAGGAAAGCUCUGAGGCGAGCAGAAGCACGGCCUAAAAAUCUGGCUAAAAGUAUAGAGGACAUCACAGCAUCCUUAUCACCAUGGCAAGAAAGAAGACAAGACCCAGCUGCUGACCUCAGACGCAUUAGCGAUGUUUCGUCCAUCCCGUCGCCCUCCUCAUCCUUAUUUUCGGAUCCGGACCACCUGAAAAAGAUGAGCAAAUCAGUUCCUUCGUUCUUACAGAAGGAGGACGUUGGCAGGGACACUGACUCCACCUUCGAGGAUAGUUACCACCGAGGAAGACUAAUGACGGGCAGCUCGAUGACUAACCUCACCAGCUCCUCUGGCAUGGCGUCUGUGUCCUCUCUGAGUGGAAGUGUAAUGACCAUGUACAGCGGGGACUUUGGGAAUGUGGAGGUUCAGGGAAAUAUCCAGUUUUCCAUCAACUACGUUCAGAGGCUCAGAGAGUUUCACAUCUUUGUGGCUGAGUGCCGGGACUUGGCUGCAGUCGACCCAAAGAGGGGUCGCUCAGAUCCCUAUGUCAAAAGCUACUUGGUACCUGACAAAGCUAAUCUGGGAAAGAGGAAAACAUCUGUAAAGAAGAAGACACUGAAUCCAACUUUCAAUGAGAUCCUCAGAUAUCGUGUUCGCAUGGAGUACCUCAGAACUCAGACGCUCAUUCUCUCGGUUUGGCAUCACGACACCUUUGGCAGGAACAGUUUCCUCGGCGAGGUAGACGUGGACCUCUCCAAGUGGGACUUUGAUCACACCCAGAUGAACUACUUAGCCCUGAAAGCAAGGACUACACCCACUCUAGCGCCAUCAAACGGCCGAGGAGAGAUGAGACUAGCCAUACGCUACCUGCCACAGAUCACCCACAGUGAAGGUGUAACUAAAGACGGUCCCAACACCGGAGAGGUUCACAUCUGGGUGAAAGAAUGCAAGAACCUGCCUCUGAUCAGGGCCACCAUUGACCCAUAUGUUAAGUGCUUCGUGCUGCCAGACACGAGCAGGAAGAGUCGGCAGAAAACACGUGUGCUGCGGAGGACAGCAGAUCCGGUGUUUAACCACACGAUGGUGUACGAUGGCAUCAGAGAGCCUGAUCUAAUGGAGGCCUGCGUGGAGCUCACUGUCUGGGACCGAGACAGGCUAGCAAGCAACCUGCUGGGGGGCCUGAGGCUCGGAGUUGGGACAGGCAAAAGUUAUGGAGCAGUGGUGGAUUGGAUGGACUCAACGCCCUACGAGGUGGCCCUGUGGGAGCGGAUGAUGGCUUCCCCUAAUGAAUGGGUGGAGGACGUACUCCCGUUAAGAAUGGUGAACUCUCUUACUAAAAAGUAAAAACACAGUAAAGUAAUUGUUUUAAAGAUCAUGUGUCCUGAUUCAAAUUCAGUCAGGAAAAGCUUUAUAAGGAUUUUAAAAAAUUGCUAAUCAAUCAUUUGGCAGUAAUUUUACAGCAAUGUGAUGCCAGGCUUUUUAAGAAUGUCACCAGACAAAAAAAAAAACUGCAUAAACAGAAGUCAUUCAUCAAUCACACUCCAAUAAACACACACAAAAAAAUUUAAAAACUGAAUUACAUAUAAAUAACGUAACAAAAUACAAAAAGAAACAGGUAAUUCAGUCAGAGCAUCUGUAUAGCUGUAAUUAAUAACCACACUAAGCAUUUUCUUGACUACAUUGUCCUAUAUUCUCCAUUACUUCUCUUUCUCUGGUGGUAUUCAUGUUGAAUGCCUUGAAGGAGGCGAAAGCCAAACCCUUAUGGUGUUUAAAGUGCGCAUUGGCCUCUUGAAUAAAGGCUUCAUUCACACUCUUGGCUUUCCAGAGGUGUAAGGAUCCACUCUUUUGUUUUCUAAAGCAGUGUCUUAGUUGCUCCCAGUGUGCAGCACACCUCGUCACUACCCAAAUAUAUAGACAGCUAAUCGCAGUUAUCUUGUUGUAAGGCCAAUAUUAACUUAUUAGCCUUAAAAAUUAUUCAUGUUUAUUUAUUUAAGUUUCUCAAGGGAUUGAACUAAAAUGUCCACAAUAACAACUGUAAAAAUGUUCAGGGGAACUUUUUUUAAGAGAAAAAGUUAAUUUCUGCACAAAAUCAGUCUAUCAGAUUAGUGAUUUUUUUUUUUUUUUUUUUAAAUCCCAGCACUGUAUAGCUUUGGUCUAGUGAGCUGUAUAUCCCUCUUAAGUAUCUUUACUUUGACAUGUCUUUUAUAAAGCAAUGCUAAAACACUGGGUAAUGUACUUUUUCAUGCACCGGACCUUUAAGAAACCAACCCUAACAGUAUAUACUGUAUCUGCCUUAUGUCACCUCAAACUGUUCUCACAGCCUUUUAUUCACUUAAGCAUCUGUACCUUCUGAAAACAUAAUUUCUUAGACUAACACAUAUUCUGACAGUAUUGUUAUAGAUGUAAUUUUAAUAAGGAAGCAUAUCUGACAUAUGACGAACUAUUGCACUUAAAUGUAUUAACCACAAGUGGGAUUAAAGAAAUUAAACACAGGACAACU